AUGCGGGUCGCACUGCCUCAGCCGGUCCCUCGGCGCUGCUUGCGCAGUGCGAUUCCUCUUGCUGUCUUCACACUACUGCUUGGUUAUCUCUGGGCUCGGAGCCUCCGUGUACCCCUUCCCUCACCUGCUGUGGGAGGAACCGGGGAAUCCAGGCCCUUGAGACCUAAGGUCUCUCCUCAAGCUCUCGUUGUUCUGUUUCACUUCCCUGGUGCCCUCUCAGGCUGCAGAUCUGGGGCCCAGUCCUGCAUUGCCAGGGAACCGCCUCCUUUCCAGGUCCGGCAACAGUCGGGACCCUUGGAGGCCCCGGAACGGGAAGAGCCUCAGUGUCUGGGCCCUCAGGGGAUGCUGGGCCGCAUGAUGAGGCCGUUCCGCGCCAGUCUGAACCCGGAAAGGGAUGUGGAGUUGUCGCAGUACCUGGCAGGAUGGAGGGAGCUAGUCCGGUUCCUAAUUCCCCUCGGCUCCAUCUUCGCCUUCGCCACAAGCGAGGCCUCCGCCAAAGUGACAGCCCUCGAGGCUCUGGUGCACGGCCCAGAGGCCGCGCACUACACGUCGCUGGCGACCAUGGUGGCGUGGGAGCGGCCCGGGAUCGCCCCACGACUCUCGGCCGGGUGCCCGGGCUCAAUGACGAUGCUCUUGCUGCACCGUGCGCUACGCUGGUCCCAGCUCUGCCUCCACCGGGUGGCCACCGGGAUGCUCGGAGGCCCGGACGCUGGCGCUCAGUGCAGCGACGCCUACGGCACGGCCCUGGCUCCGCACCACCCCUGGUUCGUCCGUCAGGCCGCUCACCUCGCAUUCCUCGCCUUCCCGAGUCGCGGCCGCUUGCUCGAGCUGGCGUGUCCGGGUUCCAAAGAGGCGGAGGCGCGGAACGCGCUGGUCCGGGCCGCGGGCACCCUAGAGGACGUCUACAACCGUACUCAGGGCUUGUUGGCCGACGGCGGCCUGCUCGAGCUGGCCUGACGCCUACUGGCCGGAGGAAGGAAGCGCCCUGGGGAGGGGUCGGUGCAGCUCCAGGUUGAGCCCUUGGCCCCACCUCCCGGUGCCGGAGGCGUGGUCUCCAUAUACCCGGCUUCCUUGGUGACGUCACCACCCCGGAGGCUCACCUUGAUAGGGGUAGGUUUUUUAGACCCUGCCUCUAUCCGCAAUCUCCGGGAGAAGGGAGGAGCUGUGGGGAAUAAAAAGUAUUCUUUGGGA